CAGACAGGCUGGAGUAGAAUAUACUUCAGAUCUUAUUUGUGAUUGACAGCCAGACCGAGGACACUUAAUGAUCGCGGAGGCUGGGCAAACCCGGUCCUGCAGCGGCUGGAGUAGUUUUGAGUGGAAUAGGCACACCGAUGAAUACAAAGCAGAGAAAGAGAGAGAUGCGAUAGAAGAAAAGUGAACAUUUCGGUAUCAUCUCCGGCAUAGACCCCGUGUAUGCCACCUUUGCCUGUGUUUCUCUGGAUGGAUAGUGGACCCGCCUCACCUUCUUCCUCCAUGUUGGCGGGCCGUUCCACAUUGUGGCGUCUGUCUGAGAGGAGGAGCAGAAAGGCUGGGUCAGCGAACAUUUUCAGCAAUGUGAAUCUGUGGCAGCUCCAGAGGCUCUUCAGGGCAGCAGGGGACCAGGAUGCUGAGCAGAGGGCCCAGUUAAUUUGGGGCCACGGAGAUGAGGCUGAACUUGCUAAGGCCUUAAUAGGACUGAGGGCCCGAAGCCACCACAAAGGGCUAAGGACUAAUGGAAGGGAUGCGUUGGGCACACACUGGCUGCGUGCCUUCAGCCACCUCAGGAUUGGGGAGAGCUCACCAAGCAGCCAGGGGAAAGAUCCCAGCGAGGAGAGUGAUUCUGAGGCAGGAGCACAGAGCAGUCCAGAGCCCCGAAGACACACCUCAGUAGGAACAGGAAGAGUAGGGUCCUCAGUGGUACUAAAUGAGAGCCAGGACCCUGCAAUGACACCCGAGAAACCAGUCAGAUCCAAUUCAGUACUGAGAAGAGGAGGGGAGAACAAACCAGAGAGAUACCUACACCGAAUACUCCACUGACUUCACAGUCAAAACUGGAACGGGGUUGAAAUAUAACACAGGCACAGGCAGUGGCAGUUUUAGGUGGAACUAAUAACGGAAAAGUUUCUCAUAAUACCAAAGUGUCUUAUUGGCAGGAUCUGCCCUGUGGCACACCUGAACUACACAUCCACUUGAACAUUUCAGUACAAACCUGUGAGUGGUUGAAGGUAUCUCACACCUUUUUACAGUGAAUGGCUCUCCAUAACUGCCUUGUGUUUUCUUAAAUGCAUCCUACCAGCCACACUAACCAGGCACACUGACAAUUUGUUAUUGCUGAUAUGAGUUUAAGUGGUUUCCCUUUAGAAAUCAGUAUCCGGACAACCCGUUAUAAAACGAUUUAACUAUAUUGCAAAGUCACACUUUCGGUACCAACAGAAGGCUUAUAUGUAUUUCUAUAUUAUAUACUUUAUGUAUGCACACGUGUUUAUAUGUUUGUAAUUUAGCUUGAAAAUAUGUUAAUGUUCAAAUUUUGUAUUUACACUAACCAAUGCUGAAAAAGGAAAAUGUCACACAACCAAGAUCAGGUGCAUUUUACCCCCCAUGUUCCGGAGUCACGAGUGUGGUACGUUACACUACAUUAUAAAUAUUAUGAAAAGUAGGAAUAACACUGGACUCCCGUCAUUGUACAGAGUGAAUGAGUCAAAUGUUACAUUGACUGAACUGCUCCACCAGUUUAUCUUGUCCUUGAUUUGUGCUUCAAUAAGCAGAGAUAAGUACAGAAUGCAUAAGAUGUUUAUUAAGUCUGACAACACAGAAAUUAGGUAAAUAGAAAGAGGAAGGAUGCUUGAGUGUCUAGAUGGUGGAAUAAAAGAGAUUUAGAGAUGCAGGCUGGAUAAUCAAAGGCUUAAAAGAGUGAAUGAAGCAUAUACAUUAAAAAGUAGCCACAGCAGACUGAUUAGCUCACAUAUAGCGCCACCAGAAACAAAUCAAGAGGCACAUUCUGGAGGGAGUGGUUAAGCAGAUCAAAGCAUAAAUAAUAGAAUAAAGAGGAGGGAUGCCCAGUGUAUUGAAUAGAAUUUUCACCAAAGCUUCAUUUGUUUAAAGUGUCAGGUAGUCAAACAUAAUACAUUUUGAGUGCAAUGCUCGCUGCGCAGGGAAAGGCAAACUUGAAAAAGCAGUGUUUAAGCUCACAGUGUGAAAUCCCACUGUGCCGAUGAAUAUAAAACCUCGUCAGAUGGCUGGAAACUGAAAUUGUCAUUUUUGAUUUUUAGUAAUAAAGUCUUUGUAUUUUC